AUGUACUAUAUUCUCUACCUCGCAAGCCUCUGCCGACGCCGGCACUGGGCAGAUCCCGCCUACGAAUCCUAUGCUGUUGGGGGCGGCUACACCUGCAUCGUCCGGGUCAACAACCGGGAAUACCAGACGGAGGACGUUUGCGAAUCGAAGACUCUGGCUGAAGAGAAUGCAGCGAUGCGCGCGUACCUGAUUUGUCGCAACUUCUCUGUCAACGACGGCAUGUAUCCUGCUGGGCAUGAACACCGGGGCGGUCCCAUUCAGGGGAUUCCGGUCGCCAUUGGCACGGGAAGAAAGGGACGCUACGGAGAUGAGACGGAUAUGUCGACUAGUGGCGAGAGCAGAAGUGGUGGGAGCAGUCCGGAGAGUUGUGAAGGAAGAUUGGAUCGAAGGGGUGUUGGACCGACGAGGGCGCUUGCCUUUGGACAGUAG